UGCAGCUAGCUGCCGGUCGUGACGCGUGUACUGCGCGGCGCCGCGACGUCUAACGCCGACAUCGCGAAAAAAGUUUACACACGAAACUUUCUUUAAAGACUUUCCUUUCAACCCAAACAUUGUUGAAGUGGAACUGUCUGCUUUUUCCCUCGAAAAACGUAAAUGUGACCUUUCCUAAAACCGGAAUUCGGUAUCGUCCAGAACGGGUUUAGACUUGGACCCCGCCGUGGCAGGACUUUCGUGAAGUGCUAACUUGAUUUUCAGAGUGGUGUGUUCAGUGUGAGUGACUGGAUAUUCGCUGCCUGCCCUUUAUCGGUAAAAGGAAGAGGACUGGACUUUCUGUCAGUUCCUAAGGUGGGCUCCGGAGAAACAGUGCUUUUAAAAAUAUCAAGCAUGCCGCCGCCCGGCCCCGCGUGAGGUAUGAGCGGCCGCGGCGCGGGGGGGCAGCGCUGCCACCUGAUCCUGCAGCGUUGCCUCGCGAUCCAUCUCACCAAGCCCGGGAAUGCGCCUGAUGACUUCUGGAUGUACGACUCUGGAUAUCUGCUGUUUCAGAGUUUCCUAGCUGCAAAUGCAAAAUGCUGGUGGGCCGGCGCCCUCGCUGCUGCCACGACAGAACUGAGAUAUGCUGGUUACGUCGCCCCGGGAGUGCUGCUGGUGGCCGGAGCGCCCAGGGCGUUGGAGACGGUCCGCGGGGCGUACGCUCGAUCGGUGCUUAAGCCUCCGCCUACGUACUUGAUAUGUGGAUUGGGUGACAUCGAAGAUUGCAUAGUAACGCCUGCAUAUCAAGGACAAUUCACACCACUACCCGAGGCAUUAUGCGACUGCAUUAUGGACCUUACGACACAGGGUCAAUCGGCGACGUUAGAAAGUAUACGAACAUCACUGUCAGCUAAGUUCCCGUCGAUGCAAACACCAUCGCAAGAGGUCGUUUAUGACACGUUGGCGCAGCUGAUGCAAGAGAGGAAGAUAUAUCAGACAUCGAGAGGUUUCUUCAUAGUCACACCUGAACGCCGCCGUUCCCGAUCAAGAUCAUCUUCCCGCCGCCGUGGCAACAAUCAUGAGGAGGAGUGUCCGUCUCCUCGGACUAUCCUCAUGUCCGACCAGGAAGCCCUGCAUCAGCUGUACGGAGAGAUCACGACGGUCCGAGACGGCGCCGUGACGCAUCAGUGUGUGCAAACUAAUUUAGCUGACGUCAUAUGUGGCGGCAACCCCAACGAUAAGAUUCUAUACGGGCGACCAAACAAACGGCGCAGCGCGUCAUUCCCCGCCCCACGAUCACUGGACCGGCGCCACUCGCUGCGAAUCUUCGGCUCUUCUAGCAAGUACCUGCAGCGGUGCGCUUCCACUCGCAGCCUGCACCACAAGCACGCAAACACGACCGACAGCUCGUCAUCCACCGAUUACCCGCCGAGCGUCGAAUCCGCAUCACCUAAGAAAGUGUCCCUGCUGUCCCGCUUAUUCAGACGAAGCGGUCGCAGCAAGCAGACGAGAGCAAUGAGCACCUUCUCCGCGCAGUUCCCGCCCACCGAGUGGUUUAAUUCUAAAGCGGUGCAUCUGCAUUGUGUCGCCACACAGACCAACUCAAAGGAGUCAUUGCAGAGUCAGACAUCUUUCGUGUCAUCGUACUAUGACGGUUCCGAAAUUAGUAAUCGGUCAUCGACUUUGCCGCGUCGACACAAGAGACAUCUAUCUACCGAAUCAGGUCUCGCCGGCUCCGUCCAUUAUGACCACUCGCCGAUCAGGCAAUCCAGCCCUAGUUCAGGAAGUCUGCCGCGGUCUACAUUAAGUAGAAGCUCUACAAACAAGACCAUUCUAGAUCAUUUUGGGUCACCGCAACGAAACAGCGAUCCAAAAUUAAGAGAAAGCCCAAACGGUAGCUUAAGAAGGGUAGACUAUUCCCAUUCGGACCACGUAAUGUCGACUAGUGGUCCAUCGAGUUUAGAAAGUACAACCACGCAGCGCACACCGAGAAAAGACAUCAACAAAAAUGGCCACAUUGAUCAAAAUUCACCAAUCAAACGCAAUUAUCAUACCAGUGGGAGUAGUGGCCAUUCAAGUCUAGAAUCGCACAUAUCAGAUCGCACGUUAAAACCUUCACCUAGUCAUAACACGCACGGAACACCUGGUCUAAGCAGAGCUCAAUCUCUCGUGAAGGUACAGAGUCUACAAAGCUCCCCGAAAAGCCUCCACAAGUUUAGAAAUAAACCGCCUAUAGUCGGUGGGGAAACGGUAAAAAAUAAAAGCACGUCACCCAAAAGUACACCAAAAAACUGUCCUCCCACGCCCAAAAAAACCGCAACCCCUCUGCAUAAAGCCCUUGGUUCCAAAGUAGAAAACCCUUCGACUACUAUGCUGGCGAGCUCCAAUUCUAACAAUUCGAUUACACUAAAAGUUACCACGAAUACUAUGUCGCAAAGUGGUGGUGGUACUAACACCAAAGUAUAUGUACAAAAUUCACCUGUUAGAUCUGUUAUCACAUUUGAAAAUGGUAAAGUUACUGAUACCAGUAACGGAAGCAAUAUCUACAUUAUAAAUGAUGACAGACAAGUUUUGUCAGUAUCUCAAAACGGCGCCAGUAAGCACACGACAAAAAAUCCUACUGAAACAUCGUUCGACGUUUGCGUUGAAAAAAAUAAACAAGUAAACCAAGAGCCUGAACCUAUUAAAGUACAAGAAAACAAAUUUAAUAAGAAUUCAAUAAACGACACGGGUAUGAAUAAUAAUCGUAAACUUUCUUUGCAAAUAGGUGGAGUAACUAAUAACAACAGCUUUGUAUACAAGAAUCAGUUGAAUAACACUAGCGAGGUUGCAUCAAAUCCUACAUCUCCAGCAAUACACAACAAUAUACAUAGUUUGGAAACAACUACCAAUAGCAAUCCUUCUACUCCCACCAAAAGUUAUGAUAACAUUAUAGGAUCUUUGGGUAGCCUGCGAUACCAGAAAAAUGCAUUAUCGUCGGCAAACAGCGGUAUACAAACAAAUAUUAAUUCAAACAGCGAGUUGAAAAGUGUCGAUUUAUUAAAGAAAGCAGCGGCAUUACAAAUGUUGAACGGUCUUCCAAACGUAAACAACAGAAUGAGCUCCGAUUCCAUAGCGAAUUUAUUGACGAAGGCGAUAGACCAAAAACCGACAGUAUUAGGAUCCGAACCGAAUUUAGCGUUAAAAAAUCAGGAGCAUAUAAAAGAUAUAAACACCUCUACUGAAAAAAUUAACAGUUUGGAAAAUAAACAAAAGAGGUACAGCUUGAGCCAAGACAGCAAGAAAGAUAAUCAAGAUUUCUAUAACUUUCCAAGUUUAAGUGACUUGAGCUUUAAUUUUACUAGUUUAGCGGCUCAGAAAAUAUUAAAAGGGGUCAGUAUAAAUAGUGUUGACACACUUGUAGAACUUAACAUGGCUGCAAACAACACGGAAAAACGGAACAACCGCGAAGUAGCAGCCGUCUGUACGGAUUUCGGCCUUGUAUAGUACUUAAAAUAUCAUGUUUAAAUGUACAAUAGUAGAGUUAACCCUGUACAAUUUAAGGUAGUUGUAUAACUUAUUCAUAAAUAUUAUAUAACAUUCUUUAUUACAUAUUAGUUCGAAUCUUAUUAUCGAUAAGAUUUUAUACUCCCAACUUAUCGAAUUAUCGCCUAAUAUCAUUGUAUCCAUCUAAAUAAUUUGUUUGUCUUUACUAACUUAUCAUUCAAAAUACCAAUGUAGAAACAUAUAGUGAUACUCGUAAACAAAGUUGUAAAACAUUUUCAGAAAAUGCAUAGUUUGUAGCUCACUUUAAUUAUAACGAGACAAUAAAGACCGCACCAAAUAAUGGAGGUGGCCUAAUGUACGGAAACUUAGUGCCUAAAACGAUCUGGAAAAGAUCAUGUUUUAAAUUUUGUAGCCAUAUCUAAUCUCCCAAUUUACUAAUAUAUAUAAGUAUUUAUACAUUGUAAUCUUUAAUGAUUUUGUCUUGGGCACAACUUCAUUACUGGGAUAAGGACAGAGCUUGGAUUAUAAAUUGAGACCGUCCUAAAAUUUAAUGUAACAAUUCUAUACAUUAUAAGUACCUAUAUCUUACACAAAGUCAUGAUAUUAACUUCCUCAAUGUUACUAUUCUGAGGAUGAUUUAAAUGCAGUUUAUUAAGUUGAAUUGAGUUAUCCAUCAAGACACCAUACUUCGAAUAGAUGGAUAAGCAUUUAUUUAUGUAUUCUGUUUAUUUAAAAUCUAUAUAUG